AUGUCACCUUUUCAGAAAUAUGAAAAAGUCAAAUGUCUUACUUUGUUAAUAACAAAGGGUGAUACAAAUAAUUAUAAGAAAGCAAUUAUCACUAAGAUCAAAGAUGGUGAAAGUGAUAAUAAUGAUAAUAGGACAUUAGUAAUUAAUGGAAAUGAUGAAUCUGGUAACUUGGAAGAUACUGACAAUAAUAGUGAAAAGUAUGAAAAUACGACAAAUGUACAAGAUUUAAGUAAUGUUGAUGGCAAUGACAGUAAUAAGAAAGUAAUCAUCGCUGAGAUCAAAGAUGGUGAAAGUGAUAAUAAUAAUAAUAGGACAUUAGUAAUCGAUGGGAAUGAUGAAUCUGAUAACUUGGAAGAUACUGAUAAUAAUGAUGAAAAGUAUGAAGAUAUGAGAAAUAGACAAGAUUCAAGUAAUGUUGACAAUAAUAACAGUAUAAUAAAUCACGUUAAUAAAAACAGAGAAUUAGGUAAAAUGAUUACCUGUAUUGUUCCCACAAAUGAAGGUGAUUAUAAAAAAGCAAUCAUCACUGAGAUCAAAGAUAAUGAAAAAGAUACUGAAAAUGAUGAUGAAAAGUAUGAAGAUAUGACAAACAGACAAGAUUCAAGUAAUAUUGAUGACAAUGACAAUAUAAUAAAUUGCAUUGAUAAAAACAGAGAAUUAGGUGGAAUGAUUACUUAUAUUAUUUUCACGAAUGAAGAUGAUUAUAAAAAAGCAAUCAUCACUGAGAUCAAAGAUAAUAAAAGUGAUAAUAAUAAUAAUAGAACAUUAGUAAUCAAUAAAAAUAAUAAAUUUUUCAACAUAGAAAAUACUGAAAAUAAUAGUAAAAAGUAUGAAGAUAUAACAAAUAGACAAGAUUUAAGUAAUAACAGUAAUUAUAAAAAAGCAAUCAUCACUAAGAUCAAAUAUGGUGAAAGUGAUAAUAAUGAUAAUAGAAUAUUAGUAAUCAAUGGGAAUGAUGAAUCUGAUAAUAUAGAAGAUACUGAAAAUGAUAGUGAAAAAGAAUUAGAUAGAAUUGUUCUCACAAAUGAAGAAUUAGAUAGAAUUAUUCUCACAAAUGAAGGUAAUUAUAAGAAAGCAAUCGUCACUGAGAUCAAAAAUAAUAUAGGAAUGUAUAUCAACAAAGAUGAUGAAAGUGAUAAUAAUGAUAAUGGGAAAUUAACCUCAACCAAACUCUUUAUACCCGGGGUUAACGUACCAAUCAAUGAGAAACUAUUGGAAAACGUUUUAUCCUCUGAAGAACUUUCUCAACGCUUUCCAUUCGGCAAAUUCGAAUUCACGAUAAAAGUACCAAAACAACCUUUGAGUUUAGACGGUAAUGACGAAUCCCAGAACACGCCCGAUUCAUUUGAUUCGGUUGCCGAUGUCAAUAACGAAGCGUUCGAAGAUCGGGAACUUUUAGAAUCACCCUCAAACAAUACAUCAAAAACGCAUAUCGAUCCUAACGCUAACGCUGAUGAUUUGUCAGGAGAACGCAAACCCAUUAGCUGUAAUGGAAAUUAUUGUUAUGUUGGAUUAUCAAU